ACUUGUAGACGUCGCAUAACUGUGGUCUACAUGGACGUUUGCUCCGCUAGAUGUAUCUUUGAUUGAUGAUGAUAGCACGUUUCCAGACGAUGCUGUUGCUGAUGGCACGUUUCCAGACGAUGCUGAUGAUGAUGACGCUUUUUCAGACGAUAUUGAAGACCACCAGCACAGCUCUGACAGCAGUUGCAUUUCAAGACCAUCUUGUCAAGUCUUUGGGCCUCACAGAUUUUAUAGGACCUCAUCAUGUCCCCCUUGGUCCGGCUGCGAAGGCAAAAAGCAAGAGACCUAUCAAGUCUGUGAUCAGUACUGGGAAGUUUGGGAGAAACCCCCCUACAGUGAAGAACAAGGAGACAAAAGAGAAGGAGUAUGUUCUGGAUCCCAAACCACCACCUCUUACACUCGCCCAAAAGUUUGGUUUGGUUGAUGCCCCUGACCAACCACUGUCUGAAACUCAAUGGCAAGAAGCUAAGAAGAAGUCCAACACUAGAGAUGACUCCAAGAUGCCCUGUGUUAUAUGCAAGGAGGACUUUGGUAUACAGGAGCAGGUGUUGCUAUCAUGUACCCAUGUCUUCCACAGAGCCUGCUUGCAAGCGUUUGAACGGUUCACGGGCAAGAAGACAUGUCCAAUGUGCAGGAAGGAGCAGUACCAGACGAGAGUCAUUCACGAGGGCUCCAGGCAUCACAGACAUAAAUGUGCCACAAUGAUCCAGGCCUGUUGGAGAGGCUACGUGGUCAGAUGUAUGUACAGGAAACUCAGGGAGUCCAACCCACCCAAGGAUCCCAGACUCAGAAAGAAGUUCUUUGAGGAAAAGUUACACAGUAUCACAGAGCGGAUGGUGAAGUCAUGUGACUUUGACGUGCAUAGUUUCCUGCGAGAGAUGGACAGUAGCCUGGCUGCCAGCCGGAAGGUUUUUAGGGACUUUGACACGCGGUUCCAGCCAAUCACAGAGGACCAAUGGGAGGCAAUCCAGCUGCGGGCUGUAGAACGGGAAAACAAAGAAUGUCCUAUUUGCUUGACACCUCUGUACUCCAAGUCCUACAUUGUGAAACAUGGCUGCUCCGCUCAGGAGCACCUAGGGGCACCUCAGAAAGGGAAAACAACAUCUGGUAUUGCAUAUGCCUCGUCUCUAGGGCCCAAACAAGUGCCAGCUCUGUCGAGAGCUUCUGCCAAACUUAGGAGCGGAAAACAAACCAAAAACCUUACCAAAGAUUUGUCAGUAUUACAAAGAGAGAAGCAAGAAGCCAAAGGUCCCGAUUCUGAAGAUAACAGCGCCUUUGAAGGCACUGGUUUUGAGAAUCGUGAGGCCGUUCUUUUGUCAUGUUCGCAUGUUUUUCACAAGACUUGCCUGGAAAUGUUUGAGGAGUUAAGUAUGGAGACGAAAAACUCAUGUCCUAUUUGCAGGUCGAGCUAUCAAAAGAGAAUUCUUUGACUCUAAAUAGUGUUUCAUUGUAUUGUAGUUUCUCUUUUAAGAUUAGAUGGAUAAUCUUGAUGGAUGGAAACAAUGUUAGAGAGCGUGUGAUAUUGAUUGCUUUGUUUUUAGAGACUUCUGUCACAAUGUUUGGAUGGAAACAAUGUUAGAGUGCGUGUGAUAUUGAUUGCUUUGUUUUUAGAGACUUCUCUCACAAUGUUUGGAUGGAAACAAUGUUAGAGUGCGUGUGAUAUUGAUUGCUUUGUUUUUAGAGACUUCUCUCACAAUGUUUGGAUGGAAACAAUGUUAGAGUGCGUGUGAUAUUGAUUGCUUUGUUUUUAGAGACUUCUCUCACAAUGUUUGGAUGGAAACAAUGUUAGAGUGCGUGUGAUAUUGUUUUCUUUGUUUUUAGAGACUUCUCUCACAAUGUUUGGAUGGAAACAAUGUUAGAGUGCGUGUGAUAUUGAUUUCUUUGUUUUUAGAGACUUCUCUCACAAUGUUUGGAUGGAAACAAUGUUAGAGUGCGUGUGAUAUUGAUUGCUUUGUUUUUAGAGACUUCUCUCACAAUGUUUGGAUGGAAACAAUGUUAGAGUGCGUGUGAUAUUGAUUGCUUUGUUUUUAGAGACUUCUCUCACAAUGUUUGGAUGGAAACAAUGUUAGAGUGCGUGUGAUAUUGUUUUCUUUGUUUUUAGAGACUUCUCUCACAAUGUUUGGAUGGAAACAAUGUAAGAGUGCGUGUGAUAUUGAUUUCUUUGUUUUUAGAGACUUCUGUCACAAUGUUUGGAUGGAAACAAUGCUAGAGAGCGUGUGAUAUUGAUUGCUUUGUUUUUAGAGACUUCUCUCACAAUGUUUGGAUGGAAACAAUGUUAGAGUGCGUGUGAUAUUGAUUUCUUUGUUUUUAGAGACUUCUCUCACAAUGUUUGGAUGGAAACAAUGUUAGAGUGCGUGUGAUAUUGAUUUCUUUGUUUUUAGAGACUUCUGUCACAAUGUUUUGUGUUCGUCCUAUUUAUUAAAAAUAUAGAUAUCCAUUACACAAUAAACGCAAACUGUGAUAUUUGAUAUAUUGUUAUCAUAAAGACUGACCAUGUUAUAAAAUAGUAUGUAUUAUUUUAGUUUUUUAUUUAGAGUAUUGUGCCUUGUUUUUGAAUAAAAAUGGUUGAAUUUAA